AUGAGAGGUUGUACUGCGGCUGAGCGAAGAGUCAGGCUUCAAUCACUUCAGGGUCACCACCAAUCUCUUACUGGCAUCGGGAUUUUCCCUCCUCUUCCCUCAAUUCACUCGGUGAUCCCUUUCUGCUCGAAUGAUCACCUCUCUUCCCGCUCGAAUGAUUAUCACCUUACGUCCGCUGCCGUUUCUCACGACAAGUCAGAUCCUGACUUCCGCUCAACAGAGACUCCAUCUCUCAUCGGCGACGCGAUUGUUCUUCACAUCGCUCUCCUCAUCUGA